AUGGCGAGGACCAAACAAACAGCUCGCAAGUCAGCCGAAGCGAGACCGCCCAGGAAACAGCUCUCAAGCAGCACAUUCAAGCCCUUGACGAUCAUCGACCACACUGGAAAUAAAAUCGCCGUUCCGAGUAGAUCCUCGUUCCGGGAAGUUGGCUUCUUCCCAUUCCAGGUAUACAUACUCGCAAGUGCUGGGAGCCUCUCCACCGACAGCGACUUCCCUGAAAUGUUGAAGGACUACAUUUUCUUCAAUGAUGCCGCUAUCAGAUUCAACGAGAAUUGUGACUGGCGGCUAGAAAUCUUCAGUGUUCCCCAGUCCUCUAUAGUGGAUUGUAUCAACCACCAUGAGCAAGAAAAGCGGCACCGAAAUUCGCUAGGCAAAGGUCCGAUCUUGCUGAACCGCAAAGAACUGCUUGUGGUCGAUGAUGUGGACUGGGAGACGAAAGGACUUCUUUCGGUGGAGUAUACUGCUCAGCUGCUUAGCCGCGACGGCAGUGAGCGUGAAUUUGAAAACCACGUUAAUGAUUAUAAGGGCUAUCAGGACGAAGAAGAACUCGCACUUCCUGGUCUAAGGCAAGACCUGGUGGUACAGCGCCAUACACAUGUCAAUCAGCUUGCCGAACAUUUCCUGCAACCUAUCUGGUAUGAUGAAGGCCACGAGUGGGCACUUAGCUCGUUGACGGAUCGCAAUAUCGCUCUCGGUUGGCCUGAAGAUCCUCGCCUCUUGGAAUACAACAUUUUGCCAGACAAGCCAGUCGCCAAACAGAUUACUCGCAGUUAUUCACGAACUGAGAAGAGACCACGGCUUGAUGAUGAAUGCGAAUACGAUGAUGAUGAUGAGGGUGAUCAGUUCACUAGUUAUCUCGAAUGGGAAGACAUCAUCACCUAUGGCGAGCGAUGCGAUCCCGACACUAAAAUGCCCAAAUGCAUUGCACAUUCCACGAAACCAUCAGCCUUGCGGUCAGAUAUAUGCGCACCUAUGCAAAUGGUCGAGUUGGACAAUGUCGAAGCACGCGAACUUAUUGACAGCGUGGGAAGAACAUGCGUCGACUGCAGCCAUGUCGCGCAUGCCCCUUGCGAAACGAAAUUCUCGUAUACUCUCUAUGUCAUUGGUAAACGAGCGGAGUCGCCUCAGACAUAUUUUGCUUCUCUGAAUUGCAAGCUUCUGGGAAGCAUCCCUUGGACGUUACACGUUUACUUUGUGCCCGACUUAGCAUCAGCACUUUCGCAUAACGACGACGAGAUGGCGAGCCGACCUACGUCUGGUAGACUGCCAAUAAACUAUGCUGGACCGCCGGAUCGACCUCAAUCGCAUGUAUGCUUAUAUGUUGACGAGCACAUGGCUUGGGAAGCAGGUCCAAAAAUUGUCACGCGAGAUGUGUCCACGACAAGAGCUGAACUUGAAGUCAUGCAUGCAGGUGGCUGGGACGAUGCAGCCCAGAUGCUCUUUACCUGGCUCGUCAUUUGUGCUGAGACACCAAGAAUCAUGGGCUCGCUGAGUGUAGAUCAACCACCAGCAAUCACAGCAUCUGCCUCUUUGGCAACCACGCAUCCGGGUCCUGGAGAGUGCCGUGCACCGGAAGAGAUGCAUCUCAGUUUGACACUCGCUCUCGACGCUGCAGUGACAAGCAGCAUCACCGUCAAUACGCACAAUACCAUCUUGACCUCGAACGACCUUCUUUGGGACCAAUUCUUGGUUAUUAUGGAUGCUGAAACUAACGAAGAGAUCAUUCUGCCUCCAUCGCCAUCGUAUCCGUGGAAUGCACCACAUGUUCUGAGUGUGGAACAACUACAAGGGCUAUCUUUCCCUUUCUCUGCUACCUCGCCUGUUCAACAUCAAAUACUUACGCUUCGGCCGGGUGAGAAAACCGUUCGUACGAUCAUCUUCAAGAAAAGUCGCCUUCUUGGACGCUACCAAAGCUUUUUAGUCAAGGACAAGCGUUACAACAUUUUUCUUAAACUAGGUCAGACGGCCCAGAGAUGGAUUUGGGGUGAUUUGGAAGAUGCAACUGGCCCACUGGGCAUGAAUGCGAUACCGAUACUCGAUGCAGGUGACACCGCUCAAUUCAUCUUCGAAGGACCAACCGAAGAAGAGUCGUCCUUUAUAUUGCCUCAUUGUCAAAUCGACCUCUGA